GUGUGUGUGUGUGUGUGGUGAUUACGCGUGUCGCGAGCCCCCGGUGGCGCAGCGCGUGCAUGGAGCCGUCCCGCUGCUGUAGGCGGGGGCGCGCCCCUUCGCCCGUCAUAUUAAUGUGCUUUCCCGCUAUUCUAAUCCCCGAAACAGUACGCGAGUGUUUGCCGCGUUUGCCAACACCGGACAGCAACUUGACCCGUUUGAGCUGACAGCCGCCGAAGUCCUUUGUAAUGUCUCGUCGAAAGCAGGCGAAGCCCAGAUCUCUGAAAGGUCAAGACGGAGAGGUAAAUACAAAGGAAGAUAAUAUGACAGCGGGCAAGAAACGCUGCUCCUGGGAGAGGAGAAAAGGAAAGGACGAGGAACGAGAGAAGGAUGAAGAUGCUGAAGAGCACAAGUGUGCAAGCCUGCAGAAAGCAGAAUCAGUCGGCCAGCAGAGGACCAAGUACUCCCACGAUUCAGCAAAUCGUAAUGUGGAGAAAGAUGAAGCAUGUUGUUUGGCUUUGCCUCUUUCCCCUGGUCCUUCCCCCUCAGAUCAUGAAGAUGGAGGUGACCUUGGAUUCAAGGGAGACACAUAUAAAGAUCAUCAGAGACCUGGUCAGUGUGGGAGGGCAAAUAUUCCUUUGCCCGGCAGCAGCUCAGUACCUCCUGAAAUAUCCCAAAAAGAUAACAGCGGUGAGACCUUCAUAAACAGCAAACAGGCCUUGAGUAAUCAAUACGAACGAGGUAAUGCUACGUCCUCCCAACAGCUCUCUCUUUCACCGAAUACCAUGGAGGACAUCGAGAAAAUACAACCUCCAAAUUGUGCUGCACAAGAUCAAUCAGUCGUCUCAAUGGCAGAAUCACACAUGUCCAGUCCAGACCCUGCAAAUACUGCAGAGAUGGCAUUCAGGACACUGGCACCUUCUGCAGAAAAGAGAAAGUCUCAUUUUGACUCAAACAGCGGUUUAGGAAUCUCUAAAAAGCUCAAGGCUUUCAGCAAUUGUGUUCAUUGUCACAGCCACAUGAACCCGAGAGCACAGCCCCGACACGUGGAAAACAAGAUCAGCUCUGGUUCUCAGAUCCUGAGUUUUCCAUCUGAACUAUCGGAGCACCAAAAAGAGGCUAAUGUGAUGCUAGGCCACUCCGUUCUGCUUGAAGCCGCAAUCACGGCGGCCGUUCAAACGGUCCUUCAGUGUAGCUUCUGUCCCACUUCGUUAAAAGACCUGAAUGCCCUCCAAGAGCAUGUUCGCCAAUCACACAACUCGCCUUUAAUCGAGAACAAUGUGUUUUUCUGCUCGCAGUGCUUCCGAGGAUUCCUGACAAAAGACACGCUGGAUAAUCACGUGCAGCAGACCCACUGUCUCAAAUUUGAUCCAGAUCUGGAAGAAACAGCAGAACAGAAGUCUUUGAUUUUCUGUCCAUACUGCACUCAUUUGCCUACAUUUAAUAGUAAGCUAAAGCUAAUGCAGCAUAUCAAAAAGACGCACAAGAACAUUAACUUUAUGAACCUUAAAGACGGAAGGAUGGCAUUGGGUUCGACAUCACCCAAGUCUAUCAAAAGUCCAGCCAAAAAAUCGGCAUUACCUUCAACCGACUUCAUCUGCGACCAUUGUGGAGCUAAAUACAACGAUCUGGAUCUGUUUCAAACUCACCUGAGCUCCCACCUGAAGAGCAUGUUUCCAAAACUUAGGUGCCCAGAGUGCUUCAUGGAUUUCCCAAACCAACAGUCCUUCAAGGAACACACCGUUUCUCAUUUUAGCAAUACCUCUACACUCUACGUCUGCGAAAGCUGCAGCAAGACCUUCACCAGUGUCAAAGACUUGCACGGACAUCUACUCGAGAUGCACACCAUUGUGUUUUACCGCUGCUCCCUCUGCCAGAAGGCGUUCGGUUCCAAGAUGUCUAUUCAGGUUCACUUGGCCUCGGAGCACAGUAACAAGAGAACCACAUUCCAGUGCACGUCCUGCGAAUGGGACUUCAAGCAAGAGCAUGACUUGCACCUGCACGUCAAAGAAAAGCAUCUCGACAAACAAUGCAAAGUGUACAGUUGCAUCUUCUGCGCAGAGUCCUUUACCACGGACAUUGAGUUGCAGUGUCACAUCACCACACAUAGCGACAAAUGCAGUCCCUGCGUAUGUACCCAGAGCAGAUCUCCCCUCGAGGUGCCCUUACACGAGAAACUCUGUGCCAAGAGCCAGAGCGCUGAAGGUAACAACGUGACCCCUCCACCUGUCUCCGAACCAGUUGCCAAGGACGGCCCUGGAAUGCUGCCAGUGAAUAGCGAAAUAAGAGACGGUAAGGUGGAAUCGCUGUUCGGCCCCGAAAGCAAAGGGAAGGCGAAUGUGAACGAUCCUAUGUUUGCCUGUGAAAUCUGCGGAGCUUCUUACACCAUGCAGUCCUUGCUCGCCAACCACCAGCUGCGAGAUCACCACAUCCAGCCCGAGGAGAGUGGCACUCUCAAGCGCAAGGUGGAGGCAAUCCAAGGGAGCCACAAAUGCAAAGACUGUUCCAAGACCUUCUUCACUGAGAUGGCACUGUGGGAGCACGUCCAGACUCAUCUAGGCCCCACCAAGCACUGCCAAUGCCCCAUCUGUGGAGAGCGCUUCCCUUCGCUGCUAACUCUGACUGAACACAAGGUCACCCACAGCAGGAGCUUGGACACGGGCAACUGCCGCAUCUGCAAGCUUCCGCUUCACAGUGAGGAGGACUUCCUGGAACACUGUCAGAGGCACCCGGACCUGCACAAUUCACUGACAGGCUUCCGCUGCGUCGUCUGUAUGCAGACUGUCACCUCCGCUCUCGAGCUGAAAAUCCACGGAUCUUUCCACAUGCAGAAGGUCCAGGGCGACGAUCUGAUCAACAGCUGCACGGAUCCCCCCAGCCUUAAUCCUGACCUCAAAACCACCUCGAGCGUUGCUCAGCAGGAAACCGGGACUAUGACCGUCAGCGCAUUCGAGCAUAAACUCAGAAACAAUAAGACUAGCAUUUCUGUAGCCAGCUGUUGCUCAGCUACGGCUCUCGUACCGGAGGAGAGAGGCAAUAAAAACACUCUCACCCAGACAUCGACAGUCUGAGUCGAGUGCAAAACCUAAAGAAAGGACAGCACUUGUAAUUAAAUUUAUUUGUGCUCUUUUUAAUGCCUGCGAUCCGGAGUAUCUGUUUUCAAUCACGCAUUAAGUAUUUAUGCCUUAAAUGUGUGAAGACAUUGGGAGAGGCUGUUUUCUCCCGUCCGUUUUUAGAAGCGGUUUCUUUUGUUUUGAGAUGCUUGGCAAAUGAGUAAUUCUCCCAAGUGCAAGGAUAAUCUUCAUUGGACACUUGUGAACUCAGAUUUGCUGCCAUAUUUGGAUCAUUUCCUGUAUCUUUGUUGCGUUUUAAGAUAAAUCCUUGCGUUAAGAAAUGGAAGUGGAUCUUGGUGGAUCUAGGCAGUAAUGAGUUGCUGAUGACUGAAACUGCAGAUGCGCAGAGGGGCAGAAAAGAGGAUGAGAUGUGGGCAGUGGGACUUGAUGUUCUGAGGGAAAGAGUCAUUAGCAGUGUUUAAUCAAAUUGAAAUCUAAGCAGGCCUCUUGGUAAACUUUAUGGAUUAUAUGUGGAGCUUUUGGACAAAGACAUCUGAUAAUAACAACCGUUUAAAAUUCAUGUAUAUUUAUUUGAUUUCUUUUUAGUAAAAUAUCUGCCUUUUUUGAUAUUUUGACUCAAAUUUUUAUUUAUAUGUCAUGGUAAUUGUGUAUCUGUAUAUAAUGUUCUGUUGCAGAAAAUUAAAUUGCUUUUA